GAGAGCCGAUGGUUGAGUGGCUGAGGCCGGGAUCGGGGGGAAGCCAGCGGAGGGACGCAGCAGCCGCUGGGUUUGAACGAGCGGCUACCUGCAUGGCACCGAUUUCACAGAGCGCGCAUUAAGAGGCGUCGAGGGCUGUUUAAAUUUAAUAACAGUGUUUGCUUAUGCAGGGCUCAGAGCUUACAAUGUAUCCCGACGCGAGCCGGUCAAGGGGACUGUAUCUGCUGCUGCUCUAUGUCACGGGGGGCUGCCCCAAGCCCACCCUGAGGAAUGAGCGGGUCCACCAGGAUCCGGCACUCAGCGAGAAGCCGCACCAGGACUCGGCCAACUUCGAAUACGAUCACGAGGCCUUUCUGGGCAAAGAAGAAGCCAAGACUUUCGACCAGCUGAGCCCCGAGGAGAGCAUCGAGAGGCUGGGGAAAAUUGUAGAGCGGAUCGAUGAUGACAAGGAUAAUUAUGUGACCUUGGAGGAGCUGAAGGCAUGGAUUAUACGGGUGCAGAAACGAUAUAUUUAUGAAAAUGUAGCCAAAGUGUGGCGGGACUAUGACCUUAACAAAGACAACAAAAUUUCCUGGGAAGAGUACAAACAAGCAACAUAUGGCUAUUACCUUGCGAACCCUGAUGAGUUUCCGGAUACUGCUGAUCAGUUCAGCUUCAAGAAGAUGUUACCCCGGGAUGAGCGGCGAUUCAAGGCGGCGGACCUGGAUGGAGACUUGGUGGCCACCAGGGAGGAGUUCACAGCUUUUCUGCACCCGGAAGAGUUUGAUCACAUGAAAGAAAUUGUUGUUUUUGAAACGCUUGAAGAUAUUGAUAAGAAUGAAGAUGGAUUUGUGGAUGAAGAUGAGUACAUUGCUGAUAUGUAUACAAAAGAUGAAGGUGCAACUGAGCCCGAGUGGGUGAAGACCGAGCGGGAGCAGUUUUCCGAUUUCCGUGACUUAAACAAGGAUGGGAAGAUGGACAAGGCUGAAAUCCGACACUGGAUCCUUCCAGAAGAUUAUGACCACGCCCAGGCCGAAGCCAGGCAUCUCGUCUACGAGUCCGACAAAAAUAAGGACAAAAGAUUAUCGAAGCAGGAAAUCCUGGACAACUGGAAUAUGUUUGUCGGCAGCCAGGCCACCAACUACGGAGAAGACCUGACCCGAAAUCACAUUGAGUUGUGAGGCUAGCCAGCAGAAAUAAUGCUGGGUGAUUCUCCUCCACUUGGAAGUUCAAAGACGUCUUGGUUGAAGAUGAAGAAGCAGAUUAACGGGCUGCAACUCCUUGCCGGUGUGUUAAAUGACUGAAGUUGUCCGUCAGUUCUGCUCUACUAAUAUAGGCCACUCUUUACCUCAUUCACUCACGGGCUACCUUUGCCCAAAUACCUGACUGAACUGAUGCCAAUCAAUGUACAAAGACUUUUAGUACAGUUGUACAGUUGAGGACGUUGGGAUCCAUUGGACACAUCCAGUUUUAUUCCCCGAGCAGGAGUUCAGCUGCUUUCUCAUUUUUGCUCUGUUACCUGUUGCCAUAAUGAACAAAACCCUAAUAAUCACCUGUGGAACAGUUAGGAAUUAGCUGUCAUGCUUCCAAACUAGAUUCUCGUCAGUCCUAAUUUGGGAACAUAAGGUACAGGAGAACAUUUCUGAUUUUCAUUUUGUCCUGCCCUUGAGAUGCCCACCACCUGGAGGGGCAGGGUUAUGUUUCUGUCCAAAUUACAAACCACCCUGAGGUCUUUGGCUCUAAGUGUCUGUCUGAUGUCACCUGUGAGACUUCCUUCACUGGGUGCAUUGCAAGUGUGGUUUCUUGGUUAGUAGGGGGGGGUCGAAGGUUAAGGGGAGAAGGAGGACAAGAGGCAAAAUAAAUCACCAUGAUUUGAUGGUGGAACAAACUCGAUGAGCCUAAUUCUGCUCCUAUAUCCUAUGGUCUUACUGAAGUAGAAGAGGUCCCACCUCCUUUUCAAAGGAAGACAUCAGCCCUGUUUGCAAUGCCCAUGUGCUGAGAAUGCAUAGGAUGUAAGACUUCCAAUUCAUCUUUCCAAAUGACACUUGCCGUCAUUCAUCUUACUAGUGAACACACUUGCAAUAAUUGGACUGCUUCUCAUUUACACAGAGUUCUUUUGUGACCACUUGCUGUCCAUCUGGGCCUUGCCAAAUUGGCUUUAUUUUGAAGGACGCAAUGGUUCAUUUGCAGAUGGCUAGCAUGACAAGUGGGGUGGGGGAGAGAGAAGAUGACGAUGGAAGGAAGGUAAUGAGUACAAGCUGGCAGGUGAUAGGUGAGACCAGGUGAUGGGAGGUGGUGAAAGAAGCUGGGAGGUGAUAGGUGAGACCAGGUGAUGGAAGAUGGUGAAAGAAGCUGGGAGGUGGUAGGUGAGACCAGGUGAUGGAAGAUGGUAUAAGAAGUUGGCAGGUGAUAGAUCAGAUCAGGUGAUGGGGGAUGAUGUAGAAACUGGGAGGUGAUAGGUGAGACCAGGUGAUAGGGGAAUGGUGUAAGAAGCUGGCAGGUGAUAGGUGAGACCAGGUGAUAGGGGAAUGGUGUAAGAAGCUGGCAGGUGAUAGGUGAGACCAGGUGAUAGGGGAAUGGUGUAAGAAGCUGGCAAGUGAUAGGUGAGACCAGGUGAUAGGGGAAUGGUGUAAGAAGCUGGCAGGUGAUAGGGGAAUGGUGUAAGAAGCUGGCAGGUGAUAGGUGAGACCAGGUGAUGGAAGACGGUGUAAGAAGCUGGCAGGUGAUAAAUGGAAGAGGUAAGGGGAUGAAGAAAAAGGAAUCCGAUAGAAGAGGACAGUGGGCUAUGAAGUAGAACUGGAUGAUCCUGAUUUAAUGGAGGAUACAAUAUGAGAGACCAGUUACAUUAGUUUGAAUGGGAAUAGUUUGACUCAGCAACUGAGAGCAGCAUCUGGGUAGAGGUAGGCCUGAUGCAGGUGAUAAUACUAUGAACGUUGAUGCUGGUGGUCUUGGUGAUAGGUUCAGAUUCAUUUAUUUAUCACAUGUACAUAAAAACAUGCAGAGAGGUGUGUUGUUUGUGUUCAUAACCAGCACAGCCGAAGGAUGUGCUUGGUCAGCCCACAAGUGUCGCUACAGAUUCUGGUGCCAACAUAGCAACAAAGUCCAGCAGAACAACACAGACAGAAUGUAACAAGCAAUGAAACAACAACAGUAAAACAAGCCCUGUUCCUAAUGCACAGAUUCCCUCCCAAGGGCAGGCCUCCAACUCCCAGUGGACUCGUGUGGUUGGAAGUAUUUUGGGAGUUGGGUGGAAUAGCAAGGUUUCUGGCCAGUAGGGCUGCUGAUGAACCAUAGGUAAGACCCCUUAAGAGGUAGCCGCAUGGUUAUCAGAUGAGCAGUGUGACAGGUUAUGGAGAACAAUGGGUGGCAGUGGUACUUGUGAGGCAGAACUGGGCACCUUUAGCAGAUGUGGGACCUGACAUAUUUGGACGGUUUGGUUCUUGGCUUGCCCCGAUGUCACCUAGGAGGGCAUGGACAGGGAAGCUUUGGAAUCCCAAUCUCUGCUGCAACAAACUGGAGAGAUACUAGUGGAUCAGGUGAGAUGGUACGAGGAGAACUGAGGGGAAACAUUUAUGUGUGUGUUAUAGGAUACAUUCAGAGGGUCGGUUCAUGUAUAUGAGAAUUCAAAUAGAGAACAGUAUAGAGAACAUAAUGUGCUGACCUAAUUCAACCUUCUCCAGGAUCAAUCUAACCUACACAGCCCAUAAUCCUCUAUUUCCAUUUCGUCCACGUGCCUUUCUGAGUGUCUCUUAAAUGUCGCUAGUGCAGCUGCUUCCAACAGUGUGUUCCAGGCACCUGCCAUUCUAUUGCAGAUAACUUGCCUCUGAUAUCUCCCCUAAAUGUUCCUCCAUUCACUUUAAAAAAGAUUUUCUCUGGAAUUGGACAUUGCUGCCCUGGCUAAGAGGUUUUUUUUAAAUCUCCUUUAUCAAUGCUUCUCAUAAUCUUAUACACCUUUAUCAAGUUGCCUCGCAUGCUGUGUCACUCCAAAGAGAAAAACCCAAGCUCGCUAAACCUUUCCUAAUAAGACACAUUCUCUGAUCUCCUCUGCACCCUCACUAAAGCUUUCACAUCCUACCUAUAAUGAGGUGACUGGAACUGAACACAAUUCUCCAAGUGUGGUCUAACCAGGUAGGAUCAAUCCAUGUAUUGUGUGGAUUCAUGUUUGUCAUCCAUAAAAUGUAAUACAUACUCUGUAUGAUCUAAUAACACUGAUGAUAGAAAUGACAACCUAUUAGACCUUCCCUUCAGUACCCCACCCAACCCUUUCAGGCUGUCCCAUAGCCCUUAUUGCGGGACAGUUGGUUGGGUCUUGUAGUUAGGAUAUGGAUAGCAAGGCUCUGGCUGACAACUCAUUGUGAGCUGAUCAAGUGGAAGAAGACAGUGAAAAUGUUUUUUGAAGGUGCCAGCUGGAGUUGAAACAGUGAAUUCUUCGAAAGCCCUUCCAUUCACAUUUCACUCGGCCAGUUAGAAUCCUCAAUCCCUCAACACAUAAUAUUCAAUGAGGCAGACUCAACAACAUCACUUGAAAGGAAAUUGGAUCAGUAUUUGAACAGAUGGAAUACGAAAGGAUUCGAGAGAAUGGGCAGGGGUAUGGGACCAAAGUAGAGAGCUUCCAUUAAAAUGGGGAGGUGGACAAAAUGGCUACCUGCCAUGUGACUUCUCUGGACUCCCCAGAGAUUGCAGAUGCUGGAAUCUGGAGCGAGAAACAAACUGCUGGAGUAAUUAGAAUAUAGAACAGUACAGGCCCUUUGGCCUAUGUAGUUGUGCUGACCUUUUAACUUGCUCUGAGAUCAAUUUAACCCUUCCCUCCCACAUAGCCCUCCAUUUUUCUUUCAUCCAUGUGCCUAUCUAAGAUUCUUAAAUGACCCUGUUUCUGCCUCUAGCACCGCGCCUGGCAGCGAGUCCACAUUCUUUUUUUUAAAAAAAUCUUCCCUCUGAUAUUCUCUCUAUACUUUCCUUCAAUCACCUUAAAAUUCUUCUACCUCUCAUCAUCAUGUACAUCUCUAUCAAGUCACUUCUCAUUCUCCUUCACUCCAAAGUGAAAAGUCCUAGCUUGCUCAAUCUAUCCUCAACCGAUAUUCUCUCCAAUCCAGGCAGCAUCCCGGUAGAUCCUCUCUACAACCUCUAAAUCUUCCAGAUCCUUCCUAUAAUGGAGCGACCCGAACUGAAUUCUCCAAGUGUGGUCUUACUAGGGAUUCAUAGAUCUGCAACAUUACCUCGUGGCUCUUGAACUCAACCCCUGACUAACAAGGGCCAGUACUCCAUACGCUUACUUAACUUGCACAGCAGCUUUGAGAGACCUACGGACAUGGACCCCAAGAUCCCUCUGCUCCUUCACUCUAUGAAUCCUGCCAUUAACCCUGCAUUCUGCUGUCAAAUUUGUCGAAUCACUUGCCUGUGUUGAAUUCCAUCGGCCAUUUCUGAGCCCAGCUCUGCAUCCUAUCGAUGCCACAUUGUAACCCUCGACAACCUUCUACACUACAUACAACACCACCAAACCUGGUGUCAUCUACAAAUUCAGUGGUUCAAGUAGCAUCUUUGGGAGGCAAUGGUUGACCUUUCAGAUCAGGACCCUGCAUUGGUCUAGCCACAUUGACUAUUUCUUUGCUUCCACAGAUGCUGAUUAGCUUUGCUGAGACCCAAUAGCAGUUUUUUUUUGCUCCAUGUAACUUCUCUGGCUUUAUGUGGAAUCGCACAAACACCAGGGUUAAUUCAUCUUGAGUUAUGAAUUACUGUCCUAACAUUUCAACGAUAAUUCAUUCACUUGCCGAAUAGAACAAAGCUGAGUUCUUCAACCACAAUAGUAGUUUAAAAGAAUGUAACUUUCACAUUGUAUGUAAUUAAAAUACUUUGAUGUAAA